AUGGCUAAAGUUUCUCUUUUCUUCACCUUUUCCUUCCUCUUCCUGUUAGCUGCCUGUAUUCAACGCUAUGAGGCCAAAGGUUUCAGUUCAUUAAACAGGGAAAAAUUACUGUUGUCUAGGCUAAGACACACUAACGUUGUAGACAACAUUGUUACCACAGAACUUUCAUCAGGAAGGUCAAAUAUCCCUGUGUAUAUUGGCCCUCAAGAUGGGCUCAAGGAUAGCGACAAGAUCGAAACUUUACCCGGACAACCCAGCGGAGUAGAUUUCACUCAAUAUGCCGGACAUGUUACUGUAGAUCCGGUCACGGGAAAAGCUUUGUUUUAUUACUUUACAGAAUCUCCCAAAACCCCUUCUUCUAAACCCCUUGUUUUGUGGCUUAAUGGAGGACCAGGUUGUUCUUCGAUUGGAGGAGGAGCAUUCGCGGAACUUGGGCCAUUUAGACCUGCCAAAGAUGGUAAAACUCUUAACAGUAAUCCAUAUGCGUGGAAUAACGUUGCAAAUAUAAUCUUUCUCGAAUCACCUAUUGGAGUUGGAUUCUCGUACACAAAUACAAGCUCGGACUAUGACAACAUUGGGGACGAAAGCACAGCCCAAGAUUCAUAUACAUUUCUACUUAACUGGUUAGAAAGGUUUCCAGAAUACAAAACUAGGGAUUUCUACAUUACAGGAGAGAGUUACGCUGGGCACUAUAUUCCCCAGCUGGCUCAGCUUAUAUUGCACAAGAACCAGCACACAAACCAGUCAAGAAUCAAUCUCAAAGGCAUUGCUAUUGGAAAUGCAUAUGUGGACUAUGAAGCAAAUAUGCAGGGAACGUCAGACUACUAUUGGAGUCAUGCCCUGAUUUCCAAUGAACUAUAUAAGAACAUCCUCUCCACCUGCAAUUUCUCUACUCCCAGUGCUGCGUCUGAGGAAUGCAUAAAUUUAGUUAACAUCCAAAUUGGGAUUGAAUCUGGGAAUAUUUAUUCAUACGACAUCUACGCUCCGUUAUGCGGCUCUGAUUCACCCUCGUAUCCUAUCUCUGGAUAUGAUCCCUGCACCAACGGUUACACCUACGCAUACUUAAACACUCUUCAAGUUCAGGCUGCUCUUCACGCAAACAUAACUGCCACUCCUCAUCCAUGGAGCAAGUGCAAUGAUACACUUAAUGCUGCCUGGAAAAUACCGCCAACUGUUUUACCGGUUAUAACAGAGUUGAUGGGAAGUGGUAUUCGAAUCUGGCUGUACAGCGGAGAUACAGACAAUACCGUACCAAUAACAGACACUCGAUUAGCCUUAUACAAACUUGGGGUAACAGUUAAAACUCCUUGGUAUGCUUGGUAUCUCCCUGGAGAAGAGGUGGGUGGAUAUGUAGAGGAAUAUGAGAACAUAACUUUGGUGACAGUACGAGGAGCAGGGCAUUUUGUUCCCAGUUAUCAGCCAGCUCGGGCACUUGUGCUCUUCUCUUCCUUCAUUAAUGGAACACUUCCCCCACGGAACACUAAAAACUACUCAAUUAGUCAUAGGGUAUUGGCAGCAAUGGCUAAAGUUUCUCUUUUCUUCACCUUCUCCUUCCUCUUCCUGUUAGCUGCUUGUAUUCAACGCUAUGAGGCCAAAGGUUUCAGUUCAUUAAGCAGGGAAAGAUUACUGUUGUCUAGGCUAAAACACACUAACGUUGUAGACAACAUUGUUACCACAGAACUUUCAUCAGGAAAGUCAAAUAUCCCUGUGUAUAUUGGCCCUCAAGAUGGGCUCAAGGAUAGUGACAAGAUCGAAACUCUACCAGGACAACCCAGUGGGGUAGAUUUCGCUCAAUAUGCCGGACAUGUUACUGUAGAUCCGGUUACUGGAAAAGCUCUGUUUUAUUACUUUACAGAAUCUCCCAAAAACCCUUCUUCUAAACCCCUUGUUUUGUGGCUUAAUGGAGGACCAGGUUGUUCUUCGCUUGGAGGAGGAGCAUUCGCGGAACUUGGGCCAUUUAGACCGGCCAAAGAUGGUAAAACUCUUAAGAGUAAUCCAUAUGCAUGGAAUAACGUUGCAAAUAUAAUCUUUUUGGAAUCACCAAUUGGAGUUGGAUUCUCAUACACAAAUACAAGCUCGGACUAUGACAACGUUGGGGACGAAAGCACUACGCAGGAUUCAUAUACAUUUCUAGUUAACUGGCUCGAAAGGUUUCCAGAAUACAAGACUAGGGAUUUCUAUAUUACAGGAGAGAGUUACGCUGGACACUAUAUUCCCGAGCUGGCUCAGCUUAUAUUGCACAACAACCAGAACACAAACCAGUCAAGAAUCAAUCUCAAAGGCAUUGCUAUUGGAAAUGCAUAUGUGGACUAUGAAGCAAAUAUGCAGGGAACGUCAGACUACAAUUGGAAUCAUGCACUGAUUUCCAAUGAACUAUAUAAGAAGAUCCUGUCAACCUGCAAUUUCUCUAAUCCCAGUGCUGCGUCUGAAGAAUGCAUAAAUUUAGUUAACAUCCAAAUGGGGAUUGAAUCUGGAAAUAUUGAUUCAUACGACAUCUACGCUCCGUUAUGCGGUUCUGAUUCAACCUCGUAUUCUAUCUCUGGAUAUGAUCCCUGCACCGGUGAUUACACCGACACAUACUUAAACACUCUUCAAGUUCAGGCUGCUCUUCAUGCAAACAUAACUGCCACUCCUCAUCCAUGGAGCAGCUGCAACGAUACACUUUUUCACGCUUGGAAAAUACCGCCAACUGUUUUACCGGUCAUAACAGAUUUGAUGGGAAGCGGUAUUCGUAUCUGGCUAUAUAGCGGAGAUACAGACAGUGUGGUGCCAAUAACAGACACCCGAUUAGCCUUAUAUAAACUUGGAGUAACAAUUAAAACUCCUUGGUACCCUUGGUAUCUCCCUGGAGAAGAGGUGGGUGGAUAUGUAGAGGAAUAUGAGAGCAUAACAUUGGUGACGGUACGAGGAGCAGGACAUUUUGUUCCUAGUUAUCAGCCAGCUCGGGCACUUGUGCUCUUCUCUUCCUUCAUUAAUGGAACACUUCCCCCACCGGACACUGAAAACUAGCUUAAUUAGUUGAUUAAUUGUACUCCAUUUAUCCCAAAAUGUACUUUACUCUUCUUUUUACACACAAUUAUGAAAUAAAUUGGACUGAAAAUAAAUUAUAACA